AGGGGAAACAAGACGACCCCCAAACGCCCCGUCGAAAUGCCUAUAAGGUGGAUGACCCGUCCUGCUUUGCAGCUUCCCUGGCGAUUGACUCCUCACUACAUGUUCUUCCGGCCAUAGUAUUUAUCAGGCACGCAAGGAUGUACGACACAAGAGCCGAAGUCGAGGCGCUGGCCGCCAAGACAGAUCCCGACUUUGAGCAGCUCAUGGCCAGCGUCGCCAACGGCGGCGGACCCGGCAACCACCCGCGCGCCAUGAUGCUCGUCACGCCCUUCGAGCAGAUCGCCACCUUUUGGCAGACGAUGCCGCAAGGCCCCAGCCUGCCCGACACGCCGGCCCAGUACACUGUCCGACCGACCAUGCGCGACGGCUACGAAAGCGAGGCCCGCGUGUAUAAGUCUCAGUCGGCGGCUGCUUCCAGCAAGACGCCUCUCAUCGUCCUGAUCCACGGCGGCGGCUUCUGCGUCGGUCACUGGUCCCAUGUCGGCGUCCACGCCCGUGCGCUCGCCCAUCUGUACGGCGCGACUGUGUGCAGCGUCGCCUACCGCCUCGCGCCGACGCACAAGUUCCCCACGGCGCCUCGGGACGUGUGGGACGCGCUGACGUGGCUGACCAGCGAGGCCGGGCUCGCAGCUCUAGGGAGUGACGUGGACCCGGCCAGCCAGGGCUUCGUGGUAGGCGGCGUCUCGGCCGGGGCGAACCUCGCAGCCGUGACGGCGCAGAAGGCCGGCUUGCUCUAUGCAGAUGGUUCCGCGGAGAAGCUCCCAUUCCCAAUCACGGGCUGCUGGCUGUCACUCCCCUCGGUCUACGACCAAGAGGUCGUCCCGGACAAGUACCGCGAGCUCUUCGUCUCGCGCGAGCAGAACGCCCGUGCCCCCGUCAUCAACACUGCGGCAAUCGACUAUGUUCGCGCGACGUACGGCUUCGAUGCCAAGUCGCCCGAGUUCACCCCAGGGUAUGGCCAGGGCGAGGAUGCGCCGGCCAAGAUGCCCCCGACGUAUCUACAGGUGUGCGGGCAGGAUCCUCUGCGCGAUGACGGGCUCAUCUAUGACAAAGUGCUUCGUGACAAUGGCGUCAAGACUAAGCUGGACGUGUAUCCGGGUGUGCCGCACGGGUUUGCCGAGUUGACUGACAUCCCGCUCGCGGUGAAGAAUCGGAAUGACACACUCAAGGGCUUCUCAUGGCUGCUUGGUAAGGAGAAGGAGCCUACGGACGAGGAGUGUUUUGGGGCGUGGAAGGUGGCUGACGAGACGGCCACUGCCCCUGUCGAAGCAAGUGGCUGAACAGAGACAUACACAAAGAGCAAUGUAUACAACGGGCCUCUCGCCAUGACGCGGCGAUUCUCAAAUAUCUCAAAUGCUCGCCAAUCAAUUUCAUGUGUAGUAUGCUAAGAGCGUGAAAAUGCAUAAUUGUCUACUCAGUAUUCCAACAUCCUACUUCGAGUGCCGGGGACAAGCAAGGGCAUGACGCGCG